AUGGAGAAGAGGUUCAAGGUAUGGGUUUACAAGGAAGGAGAGCGGCCACUAGUCCAUGGUGGACCCUUAAACCUCAUCUACAGCGUUGAAGGUCAGUUUCUUGAUGAGAUGGAGGGUGGGAAGAGCCAUUUUGCUGCUAGUCACCCAGAUGAGGCACACACGUUCCUACUCCCCAUCAGUGUGACCUAUAUCAUCCAUUAUCUAUACAGGCCCCUUGUCACAUACUCUCGUGAUCAACUGCAACGUUUGGUCCAAGAUUAUGCUCGGUGCACCAGACAUUUCAAGAGCCAAUCGUCGUCUCUACAAGAACUUCAUCAGAGUCCUUUGCAAUGCAAAUACAACAGAAAGGCUUGGACCCCCGGAAAAGGCCUGCCUGCAAGUAAGCGUUCGAUUUUCGCUUUCUUUGCUGGAGGAGCUCAUGGUUACAUCAGGAAGGUCUUGCUGGAAAAUUGGAAAGAUAAAGAUGAUGAGAUUCAAGUCCAUGAGUAUCUUGAUAAGAAGAGAGACAACUACUUCAAAUUAGUGGGUCAAAGCAAGUUUUGCUUGUGCCCUAGUGGGUAUGAAGUAGCAAGUCCUAGAGUGGUGACAGCAAUUCAAUUGGGGUGUGUACCUGUAACCAUUUCUAAAAACUAUACAUUGCCAUUUAGUGAUGUUCUUGAUUGGAGUAAGUUCUCGGUGAACAUUCCGGUGGAAAAGAUACCUGAGAUUAAAACAAUUUUGAAAAAGAUAUCGUUCAAAAGAGACACGAUUUCAGAUGGGGCCGCAGAUGCCCCACCUUUGCCGCAGUGUGAGGUGUGA